CCAGGGAUUCAAGACCGUCUUGGAGUUAGUUACGGGCUACCAGCAGCUCUGCGUCUACUGGACGGAGUAUUACGACUUUGAAAACCCCAUUAUUAGAGACUACCUGAAUGGGCAGCUCCGGAAACGCAGGCCUGUGAUUCUGGACCCAGCAGACCCUACGGGAAACUUGGGUGGUAAAGACCCAGAGCGCUGGAGGCGGCUGGCACAAGAGGCUGAAGCCUGGCUGAGAUACCCCUGCUUCAAGUGCCAGGACGGGUCCUCUGUGAGCUCCUGGGAUCUGCCAACACUGGACAAAACAGGAAUGUGCAGGCCUUGGAAGGUGAUUGAAUCGUGGGGGCCUUAGGCGGACUUGCUGUUACGAGGUGGGGUCUGGUUACAGGCACGUCAUGGGGGCGUGGCCUGGUAGGGUCCGCCUCCCUUCCCCGGCUCCUCCCUCUCCCGACCACGCCACAGGAGCAGCUUUUCUCCUCCGCAGGCUCUGGCACCGCACUUUUCUGCAUUUGAGCCUGCCGGCCAUGGACUAAGACCUCUGAAACCGUCAGCCACACUGACCUCCUCCUUUAAGGCAUGAGUGUCGGAUGUGGUGUCUGAAUGUCAAAGAAAGUGCCUAAGACAGCUCUGAGACCCACGGUCCUCCCUCACACACACGGCUCCAGAUGUCCCCGUGGAGCCGGAGACCACGCUUCCCUAAGACACGACCUCCUGCUCACAGUCACCCA